GGUUCCUAACCAGAGAUGCCCGAGACACCAAUGACGGCUCAACUCAGGAAUCCUCCUCAUCUACGCUCCCAACUCAUCUCUGGUGGAACCUUUCGUCAUUCCGACCAGCGAGGAUUCGAAAAUCGGAAUUCGUGAAAAAUGUCAGACAGCUCAGAGGAGGACAUAAAUAGCGACGAAAAUGACAGAGCUGAUGCGGUUCUUUACAGCGAGAUGGAAUCGUGGAACGAUGUUGAACCUGUACCUCAAGACGAUGGACCUAAUCCGAUCGUCGCUAUCGCGUACUCUAAGAGAUUCAAAGACGCCUACGAUUACUUUCGGGCAGUCCUUAAAUCAGGCGAAAAGUCAGACCGAGUCCUUGAGUUGACCAAGGAUUGCGGGUGGCUUAAUCCCGCCAAUUAUACAGUGUGGCAAUUUAGGAGGGAAGUGCUCAAGGCGCUCGGUAAAGAUUUAAAAGAGGAAUUAAGGUACAUCGAGAAGAUAAUCAAAGCCAAUACCAAGAAUUACCAGGUGUGGUAUCACAGAAGAGUAAUCGUCGAGUGGCUCCAAGACCCGAGCGAAGAGCUGGUGUUCACGGAAGCUAUAUUGAAGCACGACUCGAAAAAUUAUCAUGCUUGGCAACAUCGGCAGUGGUGUAUAAAGGCUUUCGAGUUAUACGACAAGGAAUUAGCAUACGUGGAGUACUUAUUGGAUAAGGACGUAAGGAAUAACUCGGCGUGGAAUCAAAGAUAUUUUGUAUUAAAAGAGACCACGGAAUUCAAGCAAGAUGUGAUCGACAGAGAAGUUGAUUUUACUUUAGAAAAAAUAAUGCUAGUCAAGAAUAACGAAAGUGCUUGGAGUUAUCUGAGAGGUAUAUUGAUGCACGAUGCCGGAGGUUUGGGUCGGAACGAGAAAGUGGCACAGCUUUGCCAAAAAUUGUACAAUGAGAACUGCCGCUCAAACCACUUACUCUCUUGCAUCAUAGACAUUUGUCAAGAGAGACACGGCCAUAGAGAAGAGUCACCGGAUUCAUUUUAUAAUAUAAAUUUUGCCAUCAAUUUAUGCAAAGAGUUAGCCAAGGAAUACGAUAAAAUAAGGAGAAUGUACUGGGAUUAUAUCAGGCAGCAGCUCUUGGAAAAAGUGAAAGAGGAGCCGUAACGACUUGUACACAAUCUUUUGUUAUACAUUUUUAUAAUUUAAGAAAACAUCUGCGAUAAUAAAAGCUCAGAAGUCUCCUGUUUCAA